AUGAAGCCGGAGCAGCGCCUCAAGUGGCUCUCGAAGGCGUUGCAGAAGUGCCAGGAGGGCGGGUUUCAGACCACCGUGCUGUAUGACAUCGCCACCCACGCAAAGUUUCCCAACGACGCCUCGGACAAGAUAGUGCAGAAGAUGUACCGGGCUCUGCGGGCGAACCUCCCGCUCUUCUCGGCCAAGCAGGUGCGCUACCUGCAGAGCGAGGAGUUCCGGCUAGCCCAGAUGUUCCAGGAGGCGAUGCGCGGACGGGAGAGGGCCGAUGAUCCUCAGGACGACAAGGGCCGCGCCGAGUCGCCCGCCAGCGAGCGCAGCGCCGACGGGGGCGCCGCGGGCGCUGACGUGGCCUCGCUGUGGGGGCGCAUCUCCCAGCUCGCGGCCGAGGAGCAGGCCGCGGCCGUCGGCGGACUCGACGCGGCGACCAAGGAGCGCCUGGAGGAGUUCCUGGUCGCACGCAUCACGAGGCGGAAGGAGGGCGCCGCCAGCGGCGCGCCCUCCGACGCGCCGGGCUCCGCCGCCGGCGCGGCGGGCCGCGGCGGCUCGCCGCCCAGGGGGCGCUCCGGCAGCCCCCGCGGGCGCUCCAGCAGCGGCGGCGGCCGCGGGGGCCGCGGCCGCGGCGGCAGGAAGGCCCCCGGCGGGCGCAACACGGGGCCUCAGGCCGCGCUGUGCGAGGCUUGGGCGGCCGCGCACCGUCGCCGCGGCGCGCGCGUGCGUUCGGCCGCGCCGCGGCGCGCGGAGAAGCGGCGCGGCCGCCCGGGCCGCGCCGAUGCUGCGGCGCGUGCGUGCACGGCCGCGCUUGCGCCCGAGCGCCUCCGCGCGCACCUACAUCGCACGUCUCCGCGCAUGCGCGGCGUGCUCAGUGGGCGGCUGCCCCCCCCCGCCGUCAGCUGCCCCGCCGCGGCCGACCUGCCCAGACCUCUGACGACGCUGUUUCUUCCACGGCUUCCUUGGAAGAAGCAGACUGGCAUACACAUGUUUUCGGAGCUCCAGGCGGAGUUCUGA